GAAUAUUCAACCCAACCGAAGCAUCAAAAGACGGCAGCCGCGAGUGAUUCGCGCAAGGGGAGGGUAACGCUGCGUCCCCAAACCUGUGGACCAAUCGCAAACUGCCUCCUCGCCCGCCGUUCCAUUUCAACGCUUCUCCGUGACUCCGCCCCUGCUCUCUGCUUCUCCUCUCCCUAUCGCUGCCACGGGAUGGGCGGGGGGUGAAAAGAGGAGCUCCCGCCACCGAUUGCAUCGUCUUCUCCGCCACUGAUCAUCUGAUCGCUUUCCGACUGAGCUCCGGCAUUCGAUCUGCCCGUGGGGGAAGUGUUAGAUUUGUCUGCACCGGAAGUGGAUGAUGGAUUUAACUUGUGGUUUUCGGCCGACGACCGCGUUCGAUUACGGCAAUGGCUCCAGUUAUUUGAGGUUUACGUACAGAGGGCAAAGUCGCAGCGUACUUCGUGAAACUAAGGUCUGCUUCAAGUCUUAUUCCUUGGGGGGGGGAGUGCGUGGACUUGGUAAUGGUCGUGUUUCAUUGGGCUCAGUGCUCGGGAGAGAUUAUAGUGAGCCGUUUAGUUUUUCCGGGCGAUGGAGGAGACCUUUCGAAGGCAAUUUCUUGAACCCUCGGAAGCUUCUGAAGGGAUCCAUGCUCUUAAACUGUCAAUCGAAUGAUUCUUUGGCAUAUGUUGGUGCCAGCAAUCAGAAUUUUGAUGCCACUGAAAGCAACUUAGUGGAUGAGCAGAUGCCUUCCAUCGAAGACUCGGAAGUAGGGGCUGGCUCUGAUGUAAAGCUGAGUGGUCCAGAGGCGGAGGAAAAGGAAGCCUAUCAAGUGGAUGAGUUGAGGGAAUCACUACAGAAGUCUAGCAAGGAAUUGCAGGUUGCUCGGCUUAACAGUACCAUGUUUGAAGAGAAGGCACAGAAGAUAUCAGAAACAGCGAUCGCCUUAAAAGAUGAAGCGGAACGAGCCUGGGAAGAUGUUAACUCUGCUGUUUCUUCCAUUCAGGAGAUCAUUAACGAAGAGGACAUUGCCAAAGAAGCAGUCCAGAAGGCCACCAUGGCCCUCUCAAUGGCUGAGGCUAGGCUGCAAGUGGCAGCAGAAGCUAUUGAUUCCAAAAAGGAACAAACAACAUUGACAGAACCUUCAAUGGAGAAUGAUGAGGAACAAGCACUUGUAUCUGCUCGAGAAGAGAUCAGUGGCUGCAAGGAAAGCUUGGAAAGCUGUGCAGAAGGUUUGAGACGCAUUCAGAUGAGGAAGGAGGAACUGCAAAAAGAAGUAGAGAGGUUGCGCCAGAUUGCUGAGAAAGCUCAGCUGGAUUCAUUAAAAGCUGAGGAGGAUGUGGCAAACAUUAUGCUUCUCGCUGAACAGGCAGUGGCUUUUGAGCUGGAGGCUACUCAACGUGUUAAUGAUGCGGAGCUGGCACUACAGAGAGCUGAGAAAGCUGUCUCUUCUGCUGAUGCUGUCGAGCAGCAAGCACAACCUUCUCAGGACCAGGUGGUUAAGGAGGAAGCAAAUGUUGUUGAGGAGGUUACACGAGGUACUGUCAGCGACGCUACUACCGAAAGAGAUGAAGUGUUGGUUGGUGAUAAACUUGUGGCUGGUGAUGUGGCUGUUCGAAGCAUUGAAGAGGUGGAAACAUUUGAUGAACUGAGUGAUCAAGAGAAUGGGAAGUUGACUUUGGAUUUUACCAAAGAAGCUGAUAUAGAGUUUGAAAAGUCAAAGGCAAAGAAGCAGGAACAACAAAAGGACUUCACUAGGGAUAGUUCUUCAACUGUUAAUGCACCCAAGGCUUCGUUGAAAAAGUCGUCAAGGUUCUUUUCUGCAUCGUUUUUCUCUUUUGAUGUAGAAGAUGAAGAGUUUACACUUGCCUCUGUCUUCCAUGGCCUUGUUAAUUUUGCGAAGAAGCAAGCACCCAAGCUGGUUAUCGGAAUUAUGUUUCUUGGAAUGGGGGCUUACUUCUUAAGUAAUCGGGUUGAAAGGACCUCACAAUUGCUUCAUCAGCCAGAUGUAAUCAGUAUUGAAGAAGUGGCCUCAUCUGCCAAGCCUGUGGUUCGAGCAAUAAGGAAGAUCCCUAAAAGAUUAAAGAAACUUAUUGAACUCUUACCUCAGCAAGAGAUAAAUGAAGAAGAGGCCUCCCUGUUUGACAUGCUGUGGUUACUGCUAGCUAGCGUUAUCUUUGUACCAAUAUUCCAGAAAAUACCUGGAGGUAGUCCUGUACUUGGAUAUCUUACUGCUGGUAUCUUGAUUGGUCCAUAUGGGCUGUCUAUUAUUCGGCAUGUUCACGGGACAAAGGCCAUUGCUGAAUUUGGAGUCGUGUUUUUGCUAUUCAAUAUUGGGCUUGAGCUUUCUGUUGAAAGGCUAAGCUCAAUGAAGAAAUAUGUCUUUGGCUUAGGAUCUGCUCAGGUUUUGGUCACUGCAAUAGUAGUUGGCUUGAUAGCGCAUUUAGUCUCUGGGCAACUGGGCCCAGCAGCAAUUGUUAUCGGUAAUGGUCUGGCUCUAUCAUCUACAGCAGUUGUCUUGCAGGUGCUGCAAGAACGAGGGGAGAGCACAUCACGCCAUGGACGUGCUACUUUUUCUGUGUUACUCUUUCAGGACUUAGCAGUGGUGGUUCUGCUGAUACUGAUACCUCUCAUUUCGCCAAAUUCAUCCAAAGGAGGGGUGGGAUUUCAAGCAAUAGCAGAGGCUCUUGGAUUGGCUGCUGUAAAAGCAAUAGUUGCUAUCGCUGCCAUAAUUGCUGGAGGACGCUUGUUUCUUCGGCCAAUUUAUAAGCAAAUUGCAGAAAACCAAAAUGCUGAGAUAUUUUCUGCAAAUACACUCCUUGUUAUAUUGGGAACAAGUCUUCUUACAGCAAGGGCUGGACUCUCUAUGGCUUUGGGAGCUUUUUUGGCUGGUCUUCUCCUAGCAGAGACAGAAUUUUCCUUGCAAGUUGAAUCAGAUAUUGCUCCUUAUCGUGGCCUUCUGCUGGGCCUCUUUUUCAUGACAGUUGGUAUGUCCAUUGAUCCAAAACUGCUGCUUGGAAAUUUUCCAGCUAUUAUGGGGACACUGAGUCUCUUAAUUGUUGGAAAAACUGUGCUGGUUGCCUUAGUGGGUAGACUAUUUGGCAUUUCGCCUAUAGCGGCAAUAAGAGUUGGUCUUCUCCUAGCUCCUGGUGGAGAAUUUGCAUUUGUUGCUUUUGGAGAAGCUGUAAAUCAGGGUAUCCUAUCUUCUCGGCUUUCAUCAUUGUUGUUUCUGGUUGUUGGUAUUUCAAUGGCUCUUACGCCAUGGUUAGCUGCUGGAGGUCAGUUGCUUGCUUCUAGAUUUGAGCAGCAUGACGUCAGAAGUCUAUUGCCAGUAGAAAGUGAGACUGAUGAUCUGCAAGACCAUAUAAUCAUAUGUGGAUUUGGACGUGUUGGUCAGAUUAUAGCCCAACUUCUUUCCGAGAGGUUAAUUCCAUUUGUUGCCCUUGACGUCAGAAGUGACCGGGUAGCGGUUGGACGUGCGCUUGACCUUCCUGUGUAUUUUGGAGAUGCAGGGAGCCGAGAGGUUCUUCAUAAAGUUGGUGCUGACAGAGCUUGUGCUGCUGCAAUAGCUUUAGAUACUCCUGGUGCAAAUUAUAGAGCAGUAUGGGCACUGAGCAAAUACUUUCCAAAUGUUAAGACAUUUGUUCGGGCCCAUGAUGUUGAUCAUGGCAUUAAUUUGGAGAAGGCAGGUGCAUCCGCGGUUGUCCCUGAAACUUUGGAACCAAGUCUCCAGUUAGCAUCAGCUGUUCUUGCACAGGCCAAGUUGCCUAUGUCAGAAAUUGCUGCAACAAUUAAUGAAUUCAGAAAUCGUCAUCUCUCAGAGCUCACGGAGUUAUGUCAAACAAGUGGAAGCUCCCUUGGAUACGGAUUUUCACGGGUUACGUCGAAGCCAAAGCCCCAGAGUUCAGAUUCUGAUGAGAAUGAAAUUAUUGAAGGAACAUUGGCAAUAUAAUUUCGCACAGAUUAGGAUGCAGAAAUCCUCAGCCUCGCAAGUUUGUUUCUUCACAUAAUCUCACUAGCCACUGGCGUCCAAAGUUGGAGCAAAAACUCCGGAUGUGCUAUGGCUUGCGGUAAGAGGUAAUGUUACGGGUAAUUCCUAUCUUUGCUCUUCCGAGUUUAGCAUCAGUGAGCGCCUAAUUCGUAUGGGUUGGCUUUGUCCCUAUUGUUCGAGACUGGGAAAUGGGUCAUACGUCCAUGUUGAUGAUCAUCAGGUAGCCGGUCGAUGUAAUUGAACCGGCCUGAA